ACCCAACCUUUCCCUAUCUGAUUCGGUCAAAAUAAAAAGCCUCAAAGCACAGUGUUUCAUUUCAACUCCUCAUAUAAAAAGGAGUUUUUUGCCAAAUUCUGCAAAAGUGGUUUUAUUUUUUACAUACGACAAUGGAGAAACAAGCGAAACACAGAAACAAGAUGUUGAAGUUUUUGCCGAAAGCAGCUUCAUCGGUGAGUGUGAGCUUUCAAAACCACCCGUUCAGCCCAGUGAAGCAUAAAGCCUUUGCAGGGAAAGGAUUCUCUGGUCCUAUCGUUUCGAUGAUUCCAGCUGAAGCUCGAAGGAAGUCCAAGAGUGAAAGUGAAGCCUUCGAGACUCAAGAACCAACUUCACCCAAAGUUUCCUGCAUGGGACAGAUCAAGCACAAGAAGUGUAUCAAAAAAGGUAAGCGCGUUUCGCUUCCAAAAGUGCCGAAGCCCGUCGUCUCUGAAUCCUCUUCUUCUGGAGAAGUAAAGAAGCAUGGGUCCAAGUUAAAGCGGUUUUUCAGCAUGGGAAAACCAGCAAAGAAAUCUGAUGCACCAGGUGUCAAGACAAAGUUGUGUGAUAGGGCGCCUUCCUUGGGCCAAAUGAGGCGGUUUGCAAGUGGGCGUGAUGCUUUUGCCGGUUUCGAUUGGACGACUCAGAUUGCACCAGUGGAAGCUGAUCGUAGGGGUUACUACUCUGACGAUGAUGAUAUUGGUGAUGAGAGAAGAGAUAUUGAUUUUUUUGAAGAGGAAGAAGUGAUCAUUCCUUUCUCGGCACCAAUCACGGUUGGUGGAGAGGUGCCUUUGCAGCCAAGGAAAGAAAUUAACUUAUGGAAAAGAAGAACCAUGAAUCCACCUAGACCCCUUCAAUUGAAUCCCAUUGUCACCGCAAAGUAAUUCCUCUUUUAUAUAUAUAUAUAUAUGUAUAAAUUUUUUUGUUUUUUGUUUUUCUCUUUUCCCCUCUCUCUUCCUUCUUCUUUUCUUGUUUAUUAUAUACAGAAUACUGCAAAUAUAGAGUGACGAAACAUUGAGAAGUCUGUAAUAUAAUUGGCAUUCCUUUGAUUCCUGUGUACAGAUAAAUAUAAAAUGAUUGCUUCAGCUUCA